UUUAAUCCUCAUUGAGACGGUUUCUCUGAGCAAAGUUGAAAAAAAUAAAUGCAACAAGUGCUUUUGUCCAAAGACUAAUUCCAUAUAGAUUCAUUCAUAUACUAACCUUGCGAUUGAGAGCUAAAAUCUCCUUGUAUUUAAUUAAGCCCUAUAAAAAAAUCUUUACGAAAAUGCCUCUUGCCGAGAUUAUCGCAGGAGCUGCUCUUGGACUUGCUCUCCAAAUCCUUCAUGAGGCCAUCCAAAGAGCAAAAGAUAGAUCCUUAACCACAAGUUGUAUCUUGGAUCGUCUUGAUUCUACCAUCUUGAGGAUCUCUCCAUUGAUCGCUAAGGUCGAAAAGCUCGGAAAAGAAUCCGAUGAAUCUAUGAGGAAAGUCAUCAAAGAUCUUAAACAUCUUCUAGAGAAAGCCGUUGUUCUUGUCGAAGCUUAUGCGGAGCUCAAACGCAGAAACUUGGUUGGAAAGUAUAGGUACAAGAGAAGAAUUAAAGAGUUAGAAGGUUCAUUGAAAUGGAUGGUAGAUGUUGAUGUUAAAGUGAAUCAAUGGGCAGAUAUCAAAGAUCUCAUGGCCAAGAUGUCUGAAAUGAACACUAAACUAGAUAAAAUCAUGGGCCAACCAAUAGAUUGUAUUAUAUCUGAUGAGGAUAAUACUAAUCUGGACAUAGUCGAAAGAGUUGAUCCAUCAUUGGAAGCCAAAGCUGGAUGCUCAAAUGGCGAUUCUAAGCCGAAGAUUGAUAUCCACCUUCGAUGGAGCAAGAAAAGCAAAGAUCACGGAGUUCGAUUCGUUUUGAAUUAGUUUCUUUGAUGUGGUAUAUGUGUCAUAGACCACAAAAAUU